AUGCCCUCACAUCCCCGACGCCGCGCCCACCGUCGACGCCCUCCCCGUUUUCCCUUUCCCCUUGCCCUUGGCCUCGCCGUCAUGUCCCAGGUCGCCCACCUCGACCGUCUACCCGCCUCCGCCGAGAUCCAAGCAGACGCCGAGCACGAGCACGACACCAAGCUCAGCGCCUCGUCGAGCUCGACGCCGUCCCAGGAAAAUGACGCGUCCAAGCCCGAACACCAGGCCACCGCCACCGCCACCGCCCCUGCACCGCCCUCGGCCAGCCGCUGGAUGGUCGUAGCGGCCGGUGCAGCCCUCAUCGCAGACGGCUACCACAACAACCUCAUGACCAUGGCCAACUCGCUUUUCAAGAUCCGCUACGGCGCCAAAGAGUACAACUCGGACGUCUCGACGCGCAUCUCCAACGCCCUCCUCGUCGGCGCCGUCCUGGGCCAGCUGAGCGUCGGCGUCAUCUGCGACCGUCUGGGUAGAAAGACGGCCGUCACCGCCACCACGCUCCUCCUCGUCGUCGGCGCCAUCUUCGCCACCGCCGCAACCCCGGUCCACGGAAGCCUCUCGGCCCUCUUCUGGUGGCUCACGGUCGCACGCGGCGCAAUCGGCGUCGGGGUCGGCGGCGAGUACCCGGCCUCGUCGACGUCGGCCAGCGAGGCUGCAAACGAGCGCUUCAAGCCCCAGAGCAGAUCCAGGGUCUUUAUCCUUGUCACCAACCUGCUCCUCUCGCUCGGCGGGCCGUUUGCCGUCAGCGUGUUUCUCAUCGUCCUCAGCGCGUCCGGCUACAGCUACCACCCCGGCCCAGGCGUGCCCCCCGCCACCCCAGACGACAUGCGCAGGCUCGACAUCAUCUGGAGGGUCUGCUUCGGAUUCGGAUGCCUGCCCCCACUCAUCAUUUUCGCCUUCCGCUGGCGAAUGCUCAACUCAAACCUCUACCGAAAAAACGCCAUCCGCAAGCGCGUCCCCUACCUCCUCGCCAUCAAGCGGUAUUGGCCUCGUCUUCUAGGGACCGCCGGUGUGUGGCUUGUCUACGAUGCUGUGAUUUUCCCGAAUAGCGUCUUCUCCUCGACGUUGAUCGCCUCAAUCAUCCCGGGAGCAAGUCUGAAGGAGCUCGCAGAGUGGCAACUCUUACUGGGGGUGAUCGCGUUGCCGGGCGUUUUUCUGGGCGCCUACCUCAUCCGAUACAUCGGAUCGCGGUGGCUCCUCAUCCUCGGCUUCAGCGGCUACCUUCUCAUCGGACUCAUCAUCGGCUGCGCCUUCGACAAGAUCAUCGCGAUCGCGCCGCUCUUCGUCAUCCUCUACGGCCUACUCGCGUCGUUCGGCAACCUGGGACCGGGCAACGUAUGCGGUCUGGUGGCCGCCGAAUCGUACCCCUCUGCACUGCGGGGUACAUUCUACGGCUUCAGCGCGGCCGUCGGCAAGACGGGAGCCGCGCUGGGCACCCAGGCCUUCCGACCGAUCCAGGACCACCUGGGCAAGAGGUACACGUUUAUCGUCGCGGCGGCGUGCGGCGUCGUGGGCGUCUUGCUCGCCUUCUUUUUCGUGCCGGAUACGACCAAGCUCGACCUGGCCGUCGAGGACGAGCUCUGGAACCAGUACCUGCGCGACAACGGGUGGGAGGGCGAGAUGGGUGACGGCUCGCUCCCGCUCGAGGGAAGCGAGGAAAAGGGCAAGAUGUAA